AUGGGUCACCCACCACCAAUGGGUCUGGGACCACCCACCAGGCAUGAAUUUGCAGGGGUUGUGCCACCACCAGGAUUUCCCAACCUUGGCUUGCCACCACCGCCAUUUGGCCCACCGCUUGGCCUGCCACCAUUUGUAGCCCCUGUCCCAGCUCCUGCAGCAUUGCCCAGCUUGCAGGCAGCUGCACCGGCACCUGCUGUGUCAGCAGCUGCAGUGGAUCCGGAGCUGCGAGAACGAGCCAGCCAGUGGACAGAGCAUAAGACAGCUGAUGGAAAGAGCUACUACCACAAUACACGCACGCAGCAGUCCACAUGGGACCGGCCAGAGGCCCUUAUUGAGCUAGACAAGGCUCUUGCAGCUGCUGGCACGGCGUCCGAUGGCAGUGGCUCUGGAAAUGCAGAUGCUGCUAAGUCUGGGCCCAACUCUGCAACUGGGGAGCCUCGAAGUGCAGCAGACUCUGCUGCUGCAGAUGCAACUCAGACAGACAAAUCCACUGGCUCUAAGGGUACGGAGAGUGCACCGACUGCAGCUCCUGUGAAGCGACCACCAGCCAAACCUCAAGACAAGUCAAAGCCAGUAUCAAGCACACCUGUUCCAGGCACACCGUGGUGUGUUGUGUGGACUGGAGAUGGUCGUGUGUUUUUCUUCAACCCAAGUACUCGCACUUCUGUGUGGGAGCGGCCAGCAGAAUUGAAGAAGCGAACUGAUGUCGACAAAAUGGUCCAAACGCCUCCAGUUCAACCUGAAGUAAAGGGGCAAGAGGCAUCUAAUAAGGAUGGAGAACCGCCAGCUAAGAAGACAAAGCUUGAAGAAGGGGAAGAAGGUACAGCCGAGGGGACAGAAGCCCAGAAUGGUGCCACGGAGACCAAGGCAGAGGAGCCUGUAACGACAGCGCUGCGAGCACAGGGUAAGGAGUCGGCCAUGGAGGCGGAACUGCGAGCAGCCAAGGAACGAGCCGCUAUUCCUCUGGAUGUGCGCAUGCAGCGCUUUCGAGACAUGCUGGUUGAGAAGGAGGUGUCUGCGUUUUCAACUUGGGAGAAGGAGCUGCACAAGAUUGUAUUCGACAGUCGGUACUUGCUGUUGACAUCUAAGGAGCGCAAACAGGUAUUUGAAAAGUACGUGAAGGAGCGUGCAGAGGAGGAACGACGGGAGAAGCGAAACAAGAUGCGGGAACGCAAGGACCAGUUCCAGCAGCUCCUUGAGACAGCUGGCCUCAACAGCAAAUCAACAUUCAGUGAUUUUGCACAAAAAUAUGGUAAGGAUGAGAGGUUCAAGAACAUAGAGAAGAUGCGGGAGCGAGAAAGCAUGUUCAACGACUAUGUCCAGGAGCUUCGAAAGUUGGAACGAGAAGAAAGAUUGAACCAGAGAGAAAAGAUGAAAAAAGAUUUUCUGGACCUGCUUAAAGAACAGAAAAACUUGGACAAACACUCCCGUUGGGGUGAUGUGAAGAAAAGCAUGGCGGAAGAUGCUCGAUACCGAGCAGUGGAAAGCAGCUCCCAGCGUGAGGAGUGGUUCAAGGAGUAUGUCUCCAAGCUGACCGCACCUCAUGGACAUGAGGGUGAAGAUGAGAGCACACGUGAACGAGAGAAGCAGGAGCGGAUUGAAGCAAGCCUGCGUGAGAGGGAAAAGGAGGUACAACGGACACUGUCCACACACCUGCGUGAGCGUGACAAGGAACGAGAGCAGCACAAGCACGAUGAGGCUGUUCAGCAUUUCAACGCCUUGCUCACAGAUUUGGUCCGAAACCCGGAUGCAUCAUGGCGCGAAGCCAAGCGCACACUGCGUAAAGACCACCGCUGGGAUCUAGUGGAAUCACUGGAGCGGGAAGAACGUGAAAAGCUGUUUGCUGAGCACUUGGAGCAAUUACAGCGCAAAAAGAAAGACAAGUACCGAGAUCUGCUUGAUGAAACACCAGGCAUCACACUCAGCUCCACUUGGAAAGAGGUUAAAAAAAUGAUACGUGAUGACCCCCGGUAUGCAAAGUUUUCAUCGAGUGAACGCAAAUGCGAGAAGGAGUUCAAGGAAUACCUCAAGGAUAAAAUGGCUGCAGCCAAGUCUGAUUUUCGUGAGUUGCUGAAGGAAACCAAGACAAUAACGUACAAGUCCAAAAAGCAAAUUGAGGAGUCGGAGCAGCAUUUGUUAGAUAUCCAAAAGGUCCUUGAGAAGGACAAGCGGUACCUUGUGCUCAGCUGCAUUCCGGAUGAGCGGCGCAAGCUAUUGAUGGCAUAUGUGGAAGAUCUUGACCGUAGGGGACCACCACCUCCACCCACAGCAUCUGAGCCCACUCGGCGCUCCAACAAGUAGCUGCUUCUGCCACCAUCUUCUUUUAAUGCUGUCCACGCCAUCCCUCAUUUCUUCCAUGCUUGCAUCUGAAGGUGCCUUUUAAUAAAGGGCCUCUGUGGAGAGGGGCACUCCAACCCCUA